GGGAGGUAGGAGGAGGAAGAGGAGGAGGGAGGCGAUGGCGGCACCGCCGUGACAUCACCCCGCGGCUUAUAUAGUUGGGGAAGGGUCCGGGUCCCCUGUCUAGUGCCUGCGGCCGCCCGUCAGCACGCUGCCGAGGGCGCGGAGCGGCUCUCUCUGUGUGUCUGUCUGUCUCUCUCUCCGUCUCUCCCCAGGAUUUAUGGACUUUACUUUCUAGAAGGUGGCGCGGCAAGGAUGAGAGCCCAGCUGGUGUGCGUGGUGCUGCUGGCCUUGGCCUCCUGCAGCCUCUGCUCAGAUUCAGAAGAGGAAAUGAAAGCAUUAGAAGCAGAUUUAUUGACCAAUAUGUAUACAUCAAAGAUUAACAGAGCAAAACUUCCUUACUGGAAAACGACCCUGUUAAAUGUCUGCAAUCUUGUCAACAACAUGGACAACCAAGUGGGGGAAACAGUAGAGGCAGAUGAAGAGGAUCUCAUUUCAGGAAGACAGUUCCCUGCUGGUCUGGAUGGCUUCAGCUUGGAAGCAAUGCUGACAGUAUAUCAACUCCAGAAAGUUUGCCACAGUAGAGCCUUUCAGCAUUGGGAGUUACUUCAGCAAGAUGCUUAUGAUCUAGAGAACUCAAGCCAAGAAAAGGAAAUAAUGAAAAGAAAAAAUCCCUAUAUUCUGAAGAGGCAACUACAUGUGAACAAAGCUAGAAGACCAUACAUACUCAAGAGAAGUUCAUAUUACUGAUGCAGCAGAGGAAAACAAUGUGUACUUAGUUUAUAGGUAACUGUGUGUUAUGGUUAUCUUAUUUAGAUCUAAAAUCAUACUUGUGUGAAAAUAUACUAUGGAAAAACAUCAAGAUGACAACAUAACUGUCUUUUUUGUUGUUUGCAAUGGCUGUUUCUUGUUUGUGAUUAUUUUCCUACUUGAAAUUAAUUGGAUCAAUACAUUUGCAAAUAAAUCUAGUUUCUAAGCGUGA